UUUAAGUGCUCCAAACUGUGUCCAGGGAUGAACUCUCCUUAGAUGACCCAUCUAAGCUGCCUUUCAGUGUCAGCCAUCAGUGCCAGUCAGUGACACUUAUCAAUGCCAAUCAAUGCCACCUAUCAGUGCUGCCAGUCAGUGCCGCCUAUCAGUGCGCAUCAGUGCCGCCUAACAGUGCCAGUCAGUGCCGCAUAUCAGUGCCAGUCAGUUCCGCCUAUCAGUGCCAGUCAGUUCCGCCUAUCAGUGCCAGUCAGUGCCGCCUAUCAG